UUCGUCCGCGACGAAGAUGACACGUAAAUUUUAAUUUGUGAAAUACACACAAUAGAUCGGAGAUCAGUUGUUGAUUUCUUUUUAUUUUCUUUAGAUCGGAUUAUGAUGGGGCCUACUGAACCUUUAGCGUCCGGUAUUAUUGCCUACAAUGGAGACUCAGAAAGAGGAUGGAAUGAUCCUCCAACAUUAUCGUUUAGCUCAGCCGGCGGGGCUAAAAAGGGAAGGAAACUUGAUCUGAGAAAGCGUGUUUCUCAUCAAGAAGCUCUAACUGGCCAAAGAGUUGUUUCCCCAGUCAAUCUGUCUAAUGUAAACCUUCCUGGAAACUCAACCAUAAAUGGUCAUCAAACCAAAUCACAAGGUACAACCAACAUACAUAGUGUACCACCCAUACAUGAACAUGGUACUUCUACACAAACACUACCACCAUUUUGUGAUAAAGUUGAUGGUUUCUCAGCUCAGCAGCCUCAUUAUCAGAUGCCAGCAAGCAAUCUUGUGGGAAAUCCAAAAACAUCUGCAUUUCCUCCAUCCCAGAUUUUCACUCCUGUUCAACAACAUCCUUAUGUUACACACUCAGAAGCUAGAAAACUAAACAAUGAACUUUCAUUGGAACAAUCUACAUCAGCUUGUCCUAAACCCCAGGCUUCAUCCAGUCUUGGUCAGCCAUUGUUUUCUUUUCCCAGUAGUUUCAAUAUGACACCAAUUUCAAGUGCCUUAGAUGAUAGCCUUGUUCGCUCAAACCCAAUAAUCAACCCUGAGACAUCAGCCAGAAACUACACUACUGUAUCUGGUCAAGCUUCUGAGUUGUAUUCUUCAUCACUAGUUCAACAAACCCAAAUAUUUACCCCUUUGCCAUCCAGUGGAAAUAGUAUUACUACAUCACCAAUUUCUAACAUUAAUAAAAGAAGUCCAAUACUUGAAAGAGCUUUUCGAAACAGUUCAAAAAUCAACACACCUCCUCUUGUUGAUAGUGGUAGAAAUUCUCCAGUUUUAUCUGUGGAACAAGAUAGUUCACAAGUGAUAGCAACAACGGAGAUUCAUAGUGCUUCUAGUUCACCUCGAUGUCAGACACCGGAUAAUGCAUGCCAUUCUGAACCUACUAGCAGACAUAGCAGUGAUCAAUUUGAUAGUGUUGAGGCUUUGAAAGUUACUGUUGAUGCCAUCAAAGAAAUCAUAUUAAUGUCCAGUAGCAUUUUAAAGACACGAGAAGUUGAUGAUGUGAAGAAGAAAGUUGGCAUUAUGAAACAAUUGUGGGAAGAAGGCAAACUUUCUCUUCCUGUUCAAAUGUCUAUGAAACUUUUGAUUAAGUCAUUGCUUGAUGGUGACAUAGAAACUGCCAAUAAGCUUCAUCUAAAACUAAUGGUUGACUUUGUAGGAGAGGUAAAGCAAUGGAUGGUUGCUAUAAAAAGAUUAAUUGCUGCUGUAAGCAAGUUAAACAUGUCAGGCAUGUAGCAAAACUAAAUAGUGUAUAUAAUAUAUACCGGUGAUAUAUAAAAUGAUGGAUGUAUUUUAAUAUAAUGUAUAUUGUCUGAAAGAUGUGCCAAAGAAGCUACUAAAUAAGAAACUGUUUCAUGGCCAAUUAAAUUAUCAUGAAAUGUUUUAGCUAUAUAUAUUUGGCACAUAUUCUUCAAAAGAUUAACAAAAAGUAUUCUUGAAUAUUCAGAUAUGAAACUUAAAAUGGAAAGAUUUUAGUUUGAAAAUGCAGUUUAUAACUUGGGUUACAAUCCCAGCUCACAAAUGAAUGGAAAAUAUAUUGUCUAAGUUGACAAAUAAUGAUCCAUAUUCUUACACCACAACACUAAUUAUCUUGCAAAUCAACUUUGUGACAACCUACAGUUGAUGUAAAAAAUAUUUUUUUACUCUUUUUAAAUGUAUAUUUUUACAACAAGGUGAAAAUUGCAAAUAUUACAUCAAAUGGUUAUCCAUUGAAUUUUACUCUUUAAAACUUUGUUGUUUCUUUAAGGCUGGUUCUCGUUCAAUAUUCCAAUUGAGUCUUUUCAGUUGUAUGGAUUUCAGUACACAGAAAUGACUCAAACAAUUAUUUGAGAACAAGCCUUUAAACACUCAUUCAUUUUGAUAUUUUAUCCAGUUGCACAGCUUUCACAAACUGAGCCUCUGUGUAAACCAUUAUCUUCAGAAAAUAUAUGCAUAAUCUUAUCAUCCAGUGUAGAACUACCAGAUGGAAAAUAUAUUUAGUUUCAUUCAUUAACAGUUGAUCUGAAUUACAUAAGACUCACUCAUUGUAAUUUUAAACAAUAACAAAAUAAGAAAAGUGUGAACUGCUCUCUAAAUCUUGCUGUGUCCAAAGACCUAUUUCACUACUAUACUAGCAUAAAGAUCUUCAUAUUUUACAUGAAUUUUUUCAUUAGUAUUUAUCAGUUAUUUGUUGGGGAAUACAGUCAAUAAAAUUCAACCUCAAAAAAUCUCAGAAGACCAUCUUGCUCAUGAUUGGUAUGACUUGAUCAAAUCUUGGACGUUUAGUUGGAUCUGAGUUCCAGCAAAUAUUGAUCAGUUUAGCCACAUGAGGAGAAAAUCCAGGAGGCAUACUUGGACGCAAACCUUCAAGAGCGAUCUGGAAAGCAUUCAAUACAAUUAUUUUCAAACUUUGAUGAAACCAGGGUGAAACAAAGCAUACCAGAGCCUUCAUGAAGGACAUUGUAAAGUGAUCCGUAAGGCAUGUAUUGACUUAAUAUGACCAACGAACCAGACUCGUUAACAGCUCCCAAAACAGGUAAAACAUUUGGAUGUGAGAAGAUUCUGAAAAAAGUAACGACAAAAUAUUUUGAAAUUUUCAACAAAUUGUGUUUUGGGCAGUAUAUAUAUCCCACCUUAGUUUAGGAUACUCUUCAGCAAAAUCUCGAGAUUUUCUUCUGUUGUAUUUUGACACAUGGAUUUUUUUGCACACGACUGGUAAGUUACUCCAGAUUCCUUUCCAAAGCUUAAAUUAUUUAAUGAAAUUCCAUGGUGUCAUGUAGGAGAUAAGAAUCGGCAAACAAUAUAUGUAUUAAUAAUAAUAAUUAUGUAUGCUUACAUCAGAGCUACCCUUUGUUUCUAGCUUGUCUUUAAAUGUAACUUCAUCUGCCUCAAUCCAUGAGUUUCUUGACUGAAUGUCACGCAAAUCACGACCUAAUAUUACCAAGGGUUAAAACUAGUUUAAGAGUAAACUUAGUUGAAAAAAGUAUGACUAUGACUGAGAAAUCAUCAUAAAUGAUUUAUCACAAUAUCAGUGAUUGUUAGUGGAUCAUGAAUACUUACUUCUAUGGAAGUGUUUGCUAGCUAAAGAAAAAAUCAAGAAUGUUAAUUUAGAAAAAAAUAAGAAACCACUAAAAUUAGUAAAAAACAAAAACUGUAGCAGACUUAUACAUACGCUUAUAAGGAAUCCUUUUAAGAUCCUGUCCACAUUCUUUGGCUAUUGCUGUAGUAUAAAUAUUAAUUUAUAUAAACAAUUAUUUUGGUUUAUUUUGUACAUAACCAUGUCUAACCUUUGAAUAUAUUUUGGUAUUUGA